AUGGCGCUUCUUCCGUUCCCGCAGCCGUCGGAGUUGUUGCCGGUGGGGUUUGUGAUGGCCCGGUUCAUAGACGCCUUCUCCGCCAGCCCCGAGUUCACAUACUGGUGGUCGCCAUCCCCCGACGUCAUGCGCGCAUGGCACGCGUCCCGGAUCCGGGGCCGUUUCAGCGACCCGACCACGCAGCAAUUCAAAGUCGCGGACGCGUCUUCCGGCGCGGUCGUCGCGUUCGCGAAGUGGGAUCCGCCGGCCGGGAUGAAGGGGUUGCGGGACGGGUUUGUGGUUUACGACGAGGAGGGGAGGGAGGUUGUUGGGCUGGAGGAUUUGGGAGAGGGGGGGAAGAUAGGGGGGGCUGUGCAGGAGAAGAAGGAGGAGAAGAAGAAGAAGAAGUUAAAGGCGCCGGAGGGUGCGGAUGAGAGGCUUUAUGAGGAGUUUUUCGAUGGGCUGGAGACUAUGGGGGAGAAGUGGCGGUCGCAUGAGAAGUUGGUCCUCUCCAUAGUCUGCACCGACCCCUCCCACCACGGCCGGGGCAUCGCCGCCUCCCUAAUCCGGCCCGUCCUCGCUCUCGCGGACAAAGAGCGCAUCCCCGCGUACCUCGAAGCCCUGCCCUUGGCCGUGCCGCUGUACCGGCGUCUCGGUUUCCAGCCCGUGGACCGGCUGGAGUAUGACUUGGCCAAGGCGGGGAGGCAGGGAAAGGCCGUGCUGACGAUUAUGGUGCGGGAGCCGCAGUCGGAGUAA